GUUUACCUUUUUGGACGCGGUAAAAAUUUUAUUUUUUAUUGUUUUUCUUUUGUUUUCUCGUUAAUUGUUUCAUUUGUGAUUAGAUUUUGUGAAUUAUGGAUUUCGAUUGUCCGGGAAUCGAAAGUUACUUUCCUCGUGAAUGUUUCGGUGAUUCAAAUUUCAGAAAAAUAAUUGACCAUUGUAAAGAAGUGGUUGAACCUUUAUUACCGAUGGAAGGACUCACUUUGGAUUGUAUUGAAAACGAAGGUUACUUUUCUAUUGAUAUUUAUCGUUUAGAAUUUGUCAAUGAAGAAUUUUUGAAUAAAAUUCUUGAAGAUCCGUUAAAUUAUUCUAAAUAUUUGGGUGUUGCUGUUCUCAUGCUUUACAAGGCUUAUAAGGAAUCGGAGGCCGAGGAAGGAGCAAGUCAAACCUGCGAAAUUGAAACGCUUAGAAGACUUUGGUUUGAAUGUACUGGUUACAAGGAGAUAAUCCCAAUCGCCAGUAUUUCACCGCCUCAUUAUGGUAAAUUUGUCACCAUCUCCGGUAUGGUUGCUUCAAUUAGUAAAGUCACGGAGACAGUAUACGAGGCCACCUUUCGAUGUGAGAAAUGUUCAAGUCUUCAAUAUGUACUUCAACCCAUGGGACAAUUUCAAACUCCGAAAACUUGCCAUUCACCUAAUUGUAGUCUCCAGUCCAACAAUUCUCAAGCAAAUCAUCGUCCAUCAUCUAUUACAUUUUCACGACUCAAACAUGCGGAUAUCAAAGUACCAUCACAGAUAAUUACAGUGAUCCAAACUCGUUUCGACAAUAAAUCAAACGAGAAACAUGUCGAUGUAAUUCAAGUUCAGCUAUUAAAUCAUCUGAUAGAAAAAUGUUUCAUCAUGGAUUCAGUAACGGUCUCUGGUAUCAUAGUUGAACCCAAAAAUAUUGAAGGAACUGGAAUCUGUAGCUUUUACAUGAUUGCAUCAAGUUUAGCACAAAAAGAGGAAGAGAAAUUCUCAAGCAACAUCUUACGAGGAAUUAAGGCUAUCACUGACGAAGAAGAUAUUUUAUCUCUUGUUGUUGCUUCAUUUUGUCCAUCAGUUUCAUGUAAUAAUAUAAUCAAAUUUGGUUUAUUACUUUCAUUGGUUGGUGGUCAUGAUUCAGAAAGUCCACCCGAAGAUGAAUCUAUUACCUUUCGUGGGCCAAUUCAUAUUUUACUACUUGGAGCUCCUAAUAAGGAUAAAAAGGAGAUACUAAAUGCUGCUCAUCUUUUGGCUCCGAUUUCAUCUUAUGUUGAUAAAAAUUAUACUCAGAAUUUGGUUUACGAUGUGAAAGUUGAAAAAGGAGAGGAAACACUUCACGCUGGUCCGGUUCUACAGGCAAAUAAGGGUGUUUGUUGUAUCGAUGAUUUAGAUUCAAUGAAAACUCAAUGGAAUUUUAUAAGUGAAAUUAUGGAAGCGCAAAUAUUUCAAGUAGCUAAAAAUGCUUUCGUCAAGUCGAUUCCUGUUGAGAUUGGGAUGAUUGCAUCAUCCACUCCAGCUGGAGGUGCUUAUCGAGCUGAGAGAACACUUUAUGAGAACAUUAAGAUGCCUUGUGAUAUGUUAAAUCAAUUUGAUCUUUUAUUUCAUCUGGUCGAUGAACCUGAUCAUCAAAGUGAUCGCAGUUUUGCCAAAAGAGUUUUAAAGAAUCGUGAAGGUCGAUCAACUUCACCAUCACCUUCACCUUCAUCAUCUCCCGCAUCAACACCAAAACGAGUUCGAAACAAUUCAAGCCAAUCAAGCAAUGAACAAUCAUUAGCUAAAAGACUUUCCAAUAUUGAUAAAGAAAAAAUGGAUCUCUUGCCACGAAAAUUACUCUCUAAAUAUAUUACUUUUGUUCGGACCAAAAUUUUCCCGAUAUUCGAUGAAGAAGCAAAUAUGACAUUGUUCAACUUUUCAGCAGAAUAUCAAGAAAAAGCUUUUCGAGGAGUAUCUGGACCGAAUAUCCAUCCAAGCGAUGGCCAAUUACUCGCAUCACUAAUGAGACUCAGUAUUGCAAGGGCAAGAAUUGAGGGUCGAAAUGUUGUUACUAAACAAUUUGUCCAAGACAUAGUUGAAUUGAUCAAAUACACUCGAACAGAUAUAUUUCCUAAAGAUGUUCUAUCUCUCAAUUCACAAUCAAGUUUACCUUCAUUCCGAAGGCCAGUUGAAUCAUCAGAAGGACUUGUUGGUUUAGCUAAUAAACGAUGUCGUUCAUCUAAUGAGAGAUUUGUUCGUUAUCUUGAAGAUUAUUUCGCUGAAAAUUCUGAGAAAGAAUUUUCCAUCGAUGAUCUAUGGACAAUCGCUCGAUCAGGACCACCGGUGGCUAGAUUUGAACAAAUGGUCGAAUUUCUCAACCACCAUGGUUACAUUUUGCAAUGUGGAAAUGGUAAAUAUCGUUGGGUUGCCCGUCGAUAAUCAAUAACGAAUCAAAUGGUCCAGUUAAUUUGUCACCGAAUAAUUUCAUUUGCUAUUUUCUUUAAAUUACUUUCCUGUAAAUAGAUCAUUUUUAGUUAAAUUUGGUUAAAAAUUUUGAAUAUUUAUCAUUGUAUAUUAACAUAUUGUACAACCAUCUCACAGAUCAUCGUCAUCAUCAGAAUAAAAACAAAUUGUUGAAAUGUU